UGGAUACCCGAAGCGGAAAUACAUGACUACCCGUAGGAUCAACCGUCCAAAAUAUAAAGCGCGACAGAAUUAUUUUUCAACUAGGGCAUUAUGCUAUCAAAUGUUUGUAGAGUUUGACGAUCAAUGAAGGGAACCCUUUGCCUGUAUUUAACGUUAAGUAGCCAGUAUGGAAAGGCGGAAUGUGGACGAAAAGUUGAGCGCCCCUGCUGAUUUUGUAGCAUCAGAUUUGAGAAAUAAGCGAGAAAUGGAGGCAGCCCACACCAACUUAAUACCACCAUCCCAUUUCACUUCCUGCCUCCAACCUUCCACAACGGUGGCAAUGCCAGGACCAGCAAUUGGAAGGGGAUCUCCAAUGACUUGGCGUAUGCCUGUACAAGCAGCUCCUUUGGGCAUUGAGAAUGGUAACCCAUGGUUAGCUGUUGCUCAAGCACAACAAGAAAUUGUGGAACUACGUAAAACAAACCAGAGACUGAUGGAGCUGCAUGGGAAUAGUUCAAGAGUGCGGACACUUGGUCCACACCAAGAGAUCACUUCCGAGAUGAGUCCUGCAGAGAGAAGUGACCCGCCAGGCAACUGCUGGAUUGAUGCAGAGCGGAAGCUGGAAGCAGAGAGACUGAGGGCUGAAGUGGAGAAAUUAAGAGGCCAAGUGGAUGCAUUAAAGGAAGCCAUAGGUAGACAGAGGGAUGAUAUUAAAAAGAGAGACCAUUCCCUUAACAGGAAGAGUGAAGAACUGGAAGAGUUGCGGGCUGAAUUGUGUCAAACCAAGACGGACCUCGGAGACACCAGAUCAGAGUUGGGGCGGAAUAGAGCUGAGCAAGAGCAGCUUUGUGUUGAGCUCGAGAAAUUGAAGAAGAUGGGGGUGGAGAGAGACAGGCUGGAGGCUCAGAGGACAGAGUCUGAGCUUUGCCGAAAGGAGACAUUUGAGGAGUCUUGCAAGGUGGAAAUCCUGAAACUCAAGGAGGAGCUUAUGGAGACUCAAAUGAAACAUCAGGCCGAGUUGCAGCAGCUUUCCAUAAAGCACCAUGCAGAAGUGGCAGCUCUUGGACAAACCAGCGCUGACGUGCAGGACAGAUUGCACUAUGCCACAGAAGAGAUUUCCAAUCUAGAGAGGCGUCUUCAGCAAGUGUCUGAAGAGAGAGACCAACUCACAGAAGAAUUAAGUCAAGUAGGAAAAGCAUAUGAGACUCAGUCAACUACACUGCAGAGACUAAGGAAUUAUGUUGGACAGCUUGUUCCAGAGAGACAGGAAGAAGCUAAACAGAGUGACAUGAUUCAGAAACUGGAGAAGGAGAAAGAGGCUUUGCAAGUGACCGCAGAGCUUUUGACGAUAAGACUGAACUCUCUGGUUGAUAUACUGGCCAUACAGGAGAAGGAAAUGGGAGACAAGGUUCUAUCAGAUCCACUUCUGAAAGUUGGUUCAAAAGCCAGUCGAGUGCUCCGGUGCUGGAGGGAGAAAGUGUUUGUCCUUCUGGUGCAGCUUCGCUCAAAGGACAUUGAGCAACGAGGAGAGAGAGUUAAACUUCUCUCUACAAUUUCCGCAAUGGAACAGGAGGUGAAAGGGCUGAUGAAUCAGGCCCGCAUGUCCCAGCACAGCUUACAAGACAGGAUUGCUGAGCUUGACCUGGAGAGGGUGAAAAGAGAGACCGCUGAGCGGGAGCUGGCUCAGGCCCUGGCUGGAAAUGAGAAGCUGAAAGGAUUGAGCCAGAUGACAGGCUCUGCCAUGAAGACCAUGUCUGAGGCAGUACAAAGAUUCGCUCUGAUGUUUGAGGAUAAGCUUACUGCGGUACAAGCAGCUCAAAGACAUCUUCAUGGAUUGAGCCAGAGGCUUACUUUCGCUAAGGGAAGAGUUGACACAAUCCAAGGACUAGUGAUGAGAAAAGAAGCCCUAUGGAAAGUGCAACAAGCUUCCAAACAGCCAGACCCUGCCUCUGAAUGCCAUCACAAGGAGUUGGCACUAGUGUGUGAGGAAAGGGACCACCUUGUGCAAGAACUGAAGCGUACCCCAGAUCUCAUAGCGAAGGCUCUCUCAGAGGCACAGCAGCGGUUUGAGUCUGAACUGAAGGAGUUGAAGCAGGCCCUGCUGCAGAGUACAGAGAAGGCCCUUAUGGCUGAGGCAGGCCACACUCAGACACAACAGAAGCUGCAGGAAGCCCACACAGAUCUGGAGGAGCAAACAAAGACUCUCAAGCAGCUUCAGGAUGAGCUGGUCAACCAGCAGGAGCAGAGUGAGAGAGCACUACGAGAGAAGGUGUCCGAGACAGAAACUCGCUUUGCGCAACAGCGGACGGAACUGGAGUUUCUGCUGAACACGGCAAGACGAGAGCACACUAAGGCAGUGUUGACUCUAAGGCAGUCAGAGAGGCAGAUGGAGAGAGACCGGGAGCGAUUGAGGGAGGUACAUCUCCUACAGGAUGAACAGAUCCAGAGGGAAAUGCAGGAAUUACAGAAGCAGCUCCAGGAAAUGGAUAAGGACAGAAACAUUCUUUUAGCAAUCGUACAUGAAAAUGGAUUCUUGGACCAAUGGAAAAGAGCAAGGACCGCAGCACUUUCCACCUCCAGAGACCUGGAUACGCAGCACCAGAGAACACCCUCAGGAAAGGUCAUGCAGUUCCAAUCCAAAGCUAAGCCACUCAAUCGAGAAAUGAUGUCUGUUCUGCAUGACCUGCAAGCUCUAAGUGCCACUGUGGUCAACAGCACAGAGAUCUCCAGUGAGGAAGAUGACGAUGGAGAGACCACUGGGCCUUCUAAAACUGUAGAAGGUCUCCCACAUAACGUAUAAAAGAUCAGUUUUGACAUUACCAUAAAAUCUGUCAGUCUAGAAAUAAAAAUUGUGCAUUGUCUUGGAAAUUAUUUCUUUUUUAAAAUUUGAUUAUGUAUAGUUCUGAUUUGAGUGGGGCUGAUUUCAGACAACUUCAUUUCUUCAUAAAAAAUGGUGGAGGCGCAGAUUGCUUAACAAUUGGCAGAGAAGGGGUCCACCAUACAAAAUAGCUAGGCAACCAACAUGUAUUAGGCAAGACAUGCAUACCAUGUGUUUUACAGGGCUUGUGUCACAAACAAUCAAUGGCUCAUUUAUUUGGUUUGCAUUUCUCAACUGACAUCGUGACCACCCCUAAAUUGCCUGAUAUUUCUUGUCAUGCUGUACACUUAGGCGGAAUUUGUUGUUAAACGUACAGUAAGGAAAGCCUUGUAAUAUUUUAUUUGAA